AUGGACUCCAAUGGACGCGUGCCAGGGUCGCCUGCCGGACCAGUCUCACCGGCGGAGCUGAUCCUGCAGCAAAAGAAAGAUGCGCUGCAGUCGGCCCCGAGUGGCGAUGGCGGUCUCUGGUCGCAGUUGACCAACAAUCCCUUAUUCACCGCAGGAUUUGGACUGGCAGGUCUCGGAGCGGGACUGACCCUCGCGCAAAAGGGGGUCCGACAUGGCGCGGCACUCCUCCGUCGGCGCAUGCUAGUCGAUGUCGAGAUCAGCAUCAAAGACGACUCGUACCCGUGGUUCCUACACUGGAUGACCCUCUACCAACAAUCCCAAUUGAGUGCGACCCGCGCGGCAGCCAACACCUCCGGGUUCAUGGACCGUCUCCUCCAAAAAAUCACGCCGGGCAUGCGACACCUCUCCAUCCAGACACAAAAGGUCGAGCACGCCAACGGAGCUAUUCACACCCACUUUUCCCUCGUACCAGGGCCAGGGAAACAUGUCCUCCGUUAUAAAAACGCGUUUGUCUUCGUCAACCGCGUGCGCGAAUCCAAGUCACGCGACAUACAGACUGGAAAGCCGUGGGAGACCAUCACCCUCACCACCCUUUACUCGCAUCGCCAUAUCUUCGAAGAACUCUUUACCGAAGCUCAUGCCUAUGCCGCAAAAUCCCACGAGGGGAAAACAACCAUAUACAACAGCUGGGGGACAGAGUGGCGGCCAUUUGGACACCCGCGACGGAAGCGACCGCUGGAGUCCGUGGUCUUGGAUAAGGGCGUGAAGGAACGCAUCGUGGCGGAUGUCCAGGAUUUCAUCUCGAGUGCACACUGGUACCAAGACCGUGGUAUCCCCUACCGGAGGGGUUAUCUCCUCUACGGGCCCCCAGGAACGGGCAAAAGCUCCUUUAUUCAGGCGCUCGCAGGCGAGCUGGACUACGACAUUGCCAUCCUGAAUCUCAGUGAGCGAGGGUUGACCGACGAUCGACUUAACCAUCUGCUCACGAUAGUCCCGAACCGCACGCUGGUGCUGCUGGAGGAUGUGGACGCCGCAUUCUCGAACCGGCGUGCGCAGUCCGAUGCGGAUGGCUACCGCGGAGCUAACGUGACAUUCUCCGGACUCCUCAACGCGCUCGAUGGUGUCGCCAGUGCGGAGGAGCGGAUCGUCUUUCUUACCACCAACCAUGUCGAGCGGCUCGACGAGGCCUUGGUCCGACCGGGGCGCGUCGACAUGACCGUGCGGCUGGGCGAGGUGACGCGCUACCAGGUCGGCCGUCUCUGGGAUCGGUUCUACGAGGAGCUCGACACGGAUGGGUCACAUCGGAAAUUGUUCCUCGAUCGCCUCCAGGAGCUGGGACUGAUCGAGGACGAGCAUGGCCAUAAGGCCGACCGGGCCAAAAGUACCAGCGCCGCGGCGCUACAGGGAUUGUUCCUGUACAACAAGGGCAACAUGGACGGGGCCAUCGCCAUGGCGGAAGUCCUCACGCACACCAUGCACGCCGAAGCCGCCGAGCACGGGCGGGAAUAA